AUGUCUGUCGCGGCUCGUUCCACGUUCAACGCCGAAGAGGCGGACAAUCUCGCGGAUAUCGAGAAGCAGUUCGCCGUCAAAGCCGUGCAGCACAUGCAGACGUACUGGACCAUUCUAGAGCGAGUUAGGGGUUCGACGCUGCGCCUGACAAAGAUGGACGACGAAAUCUACGAGCACCUCAAGAAGGACUUUCCCGAGUUCGACCCCGCCGCCACCAUCGACGAGGACGAGAUGAAGAGCGAGAAGGGCAAAGUGAGGUGGCGCGACUUCAUGAUGGCCUACGAGAAGAAGGUCGACAGUUACAACUUCGGCACCAUGCUGCGCAUCAACCCCACGUUCGAGUAUGGCGACCCGGAGACCAUCUUUGUUCCGCGGAUGCAGUUCUACGCUGUCGAAAUCGCUAGAAACAAGGCCGGCUUGAACGACUGGAUAUACGAACAGGCGCAAAAAGAGAAGGAAGAGGCUUCCAAAAAAGCUUCCGAGCCAUAA